UCUAGCGUUCAAAGUAUCUACUGGUCAUGAAAUAUUCAGACUUGAAUAUGUUACCUGCAAGUUUCUACAUUUCAGCAAAAUGCAGUGGAGUGCUCCUCUAGGCUGGGUGAGCAUGGUUGCCAUGACAAUGGUGUCAUUGUCAAUGGUGACGAGUUUGGACUUUGUGUAUCACAGACAACCUGCUCUGGCAGCCUUCCUACAGAACUUAAGUGUAGACUACCCAGAUAUCACCCAUCUCUACAGUAUUGGCCGCAGUGUGGAAGGUCGUGACCUCUGGGUGUUAGCCAUUGGGAAGUCUCCUAAAAGUCAUGUGACCCUGCGACCACAUGUCAAGUAUGUUGGUAACAUGCACGGCAAUGAGCCGAUAGGCCGGGAGAUGCUGUUGCAUCUUAUCGAGGAGUUUGUGACGAAUUACGCGACAAACAGCACACUGCGGAACUUCUUGGACAACACCCUGGUACACAUUCUCCCCACCAUGAACCCCGAUGGAUUUGAGGCGGCAUACGAGGGAAACUGCACAGGAAAUAUCGGCAGAGCAAACGGAAAUGGCUAUGACCUGAAUCGUAAUUUUCCGGACAAAUUUGAGGUUAAUGACCUUGAACAGCAGCCGGAAACAAAAGCCAUCAUCAGUUGGUUGUCACAAUACCCGUUUAUUCUGUCGGCAAAUCUACACGGAGGCGCAAUGGUGGUCAACUACCCUUACGAUAAUUAUCCUGGAGCUUCUAUGACUGGGCAGACAAAGAUUGUGCCUUGCCCAGAUGAUGAUAUUUUCCAGCACAUUUCCAAGAUAUAUAGCUUUUCCCAUCAUCGGAUGUCUGAGGGGAACUUCUGCGGAGAGACAUUCACUGAUGGGAUCACUAACGGAGCCAUGUGGUAUCCCAUGAGAGGAGGAAUGCAGGACUACAACUAUAUAAAAGGAGGUUGUUUGGAGGUAACCAUUGAACAGGACUGCUGUAAAUAUCCUCCACACGCACAGCUGUCAAGUUUCUGGGAGGAUAAUAAGGACGCCCUUAUCAACUACCUAAUGCUUGCAAAUACCAAGGGUGUACGCGGAUUGGUGAAAAAGGCAGAUGGGACAGCGGUGGAGGGGGCGGAGCUUAGCAUCGAGGGACGAGAUGACAUCAAAUUUAAGACCACAGCACAGGGUGAAUACUGGCGAAUUCUACUGCCUGGAAGCUACAAAAUUAUGGUAAAAACAACUGAUUUAGGGCAGACAAACAGAUCAUUUACGGUAAAUGCCAACACUCCCACAAGACUGGACAUAGUCCUUAGCGACACAUCAGGGCAGCUCAACUCAGGACAAAUUCUACACAGUUGUCUUUUCUUGUUGUCAAGUGCACUUGUUGCCGUGGUGAUGCUGUGAUGAAAAUAUCAUCCAAUAGGAUUCCUUUUUUGUAAUUAUAUACCAGCAUAUCUGUGAUUUACUGUUUUAGUCAGGGAAUUCCGCAAUUGAGAAAUGGGAAAACAAGUUUAAAUGGGAAAUUAACAAUAUUGCAUUAUAAAUCAACAUGGUUUUUUUAUGGGGAAUUUAAUAUGAUUUUAAUGGGGAUUUUUAAUGGAAAUCAAUCACGGCGAUGAAAUAAGAAAUUAACAAGAAUUUAAGUGGGAGGGAAAUCAUGAGAUGAAAUGGGAAAUUUACAGGAUUCUUAUAAUGGAAAAUUAACAGUAUUAAUUCAUCAUAAUAUUUAGCUCAUUUUAAUUUAUGAAUGAUUCAUCAACAAUUUAUGCUGUAAGUUGAACUUGUAUGCUUGAUUAUAGUUUUUAAAUGAAAUCAUGUGAAAAUUAUUAUUGAUUUAAAAUCAAACACAUUCUUAUUAUUUUUACUGAACUAUGCUUUCAUUUGUGUCUAAUGCCCCCGUCACACAUUCACGGACUGGAUCGCCGGAUCCACUACGGAUUGAAACUCAUGGAUGACCCUGGAAUGGUUUAUGUCCGUGGUGUGCGACGGAUGCACCAUGGUAUGACUACGGAUAGGGGCUAGUUGACAACAGGGGGUGAUAUGGAUUGCUAUGGUUCGGUACAGUUUAGUACGUAAAAACACGUGUCACGGUGUAUGCACUGCGGAUUAACAACGGUUCGCUACGAUUUUAGUACGGGUUAGCACGAAUUAGAACAGUCUGGCACAGAUAAGUACGAACUCGCACGGAGAGCUACGGACGUGCCACAGUAAGCAAUCGGUAUACAAACUCCCGCUCUCGCGCGUUCAUUCCACAACUUCAGUAGAAUUUUAGGACGGGUUAGUACAAGUACGUAUAGUUCACGGUAACUAACCGUACCGAUCCUUGGCGACUUGAGGCCGGGCAUGUACUACAAAUAAUUACGGUUUAUUACGGACUACAAUGGAUUACUACGUUCUACUACGGAUCAGUAAGAAUGUACUUCGGUUGUCUGAGCCGUUGUGAAUAUUUGAACAUGCUCAAAAAUUGUCACGGACAUACAAGUAAUACAUUCUACGAUUGACCCAGGAUACAAUACUGACAGCUACGGACCACUACAGAUUGCCACGGAUGAUGUCGGAUCGUAUCUGUAGCUAAUCCGGCAUCCUAUCUGUGUGUGUGUGACCGGGGCAUUAAUGAAGUUUGAAAAUUUGUGAAUAAGAUUAUGUAUUAAUAAUCAGAUUUUUAUGUUAGGUUUCUGUGCUGGUCUACAUGUUUUUGUGUAAGUAAACAAAUCUAUAGGUUUAAGUUAAACUUGGACGUUAUGAAGCUGUCAUAAUUAAACAGGUCCUCCAGUCUCUGUAUGCAUGUCUAAUGUAUGAUUACUUUACCUGGAUGUGUCAGACCAGAGACAAAUAUCCAACCUGUAUCCAACAGCUUUAUUAGUCUAAACCUUUUGUCAUAUUAAUCCUAAUAACUGUCUCCUAAAAUUCAGAUUGUUUCCCUUGUCAAUAUGUGAGGCACCUGUCUGUACAGCAUCACAUGUCCCAGGAAAUUUUGGCAUCAUAAAUGGGUUCGGCGACAAAUUGAGGGAAACGUAUCAUGGAAUUCUUAUAAAGAAGAUGGGACUUUGAAAUAUGAAGGCAGUAAGGGAGGUGGAAAAUAAAGGGCGUUAUAUCAAGGUUUUACUAUGCAUUGACAGUAUAUUAAAGGAGAUGGCAAAUGUAAUGAAGGACGUUAUAUCAAGGUUUUACUGUAUGUUGACGGUAUAUUAAGGUAGGUGACAGAUGGCAUUAUAUUGAGGUUAUAGUUUGUUAUGUUGGCAGUAUAUUAAGCGAAAUAGCAAAUGUAACAAAAGGCAGUAUAUCGAGGUUUUACUGUAUGUUGGCAGUAUGGGAGGUGACAGAUGGCAUUAUAGUGAGGUUUUACUGUAU